GUCGCAGCAACGGGGGACAAUAACCACUCCGCCAUCGCUCCGGGUCCAGUUAACUUCAACCUGGUUUUAGGUCCAUCGAUCCUGUCUCACUAGACGUGGUGGAAUCCCCGUGAUUUACCCUGAAAGUGUGCGCGCGCCAGUCAAAACGGCGCGCCCCGACGUCGUCUGGUCCUUCGUUCCCCAUAUUGUUCUUCUCUCACAUUUUUGCGAUUGCACUACCUAUUGAGGCCGCAUUGCUUUCUUUCUGGAAUCACACUGGGUUCUUUUAUUGAAAGCAGGUUCCGGGGGCCUUUUUCUUUUUGGCAGUUCAAGACGGGAUGCUCGGAGGCGCAAAUGCCAAUGUCGCUUCAUUGUCAUUGUCGCCAGCGAGGGCGGACAGGCAGCCCAUCAAGCCCCCGCACACACCAGUUCAGCAGAAGAAUGAGCCCUUUCGCUUAAUGCUCGAAAAUUACGGAACCUGCCCUCUUUCCGGCGUCAAGCGCAAGAUCGAUGAAAACGAUGUCUACGACACUCCCGUUCGUAUUAAGAAUCUAGAGUACGCGAUUAUCGAACCCAAAAGUGGCAAACGUCGACGUAUCGGGGAUGCCAAGAUGCAGGUCAAGGAAGACACACGGAUAUGCGAUGAGAACAGCUUACGGCUCCCGAAUUCGCAAUUUAAGUUCACCUUUUCAAGCUCACCUGUAUAUCAAGCGGCCCCGAACGUAUCUCCAAGUAUUUCACCUCUUUCUCGCAAGAUUGCUACCCCUACCUUCAGGUCAACCGUUCACAAGGCCCACGCCCGUCUGUCAAUCGAUGAAGAUGAGGAUCUUGAUAUACCCUCGGAUCCCAAAACCUCGUCACCUACCUCAUCCAUUCCGGAAUGGUGUAAUGAUCCUCUCUACUGUGAUGAAGAGCCCCUUUCGGACUCUGAUGAACCGUCAGCAGCAACCUCUGUUCACAGAGAUGAUGACACACUAAGUGAUAUCACUCCCUUCAUUUCUACCCCACCGAUGACGCCCAGGGCUGGCAAUUCACCGGUGGCAUACUCUACCCGUUUGGAUGCACUCUCCCCCGCAUCUGAUGUACGUAAGGAAAACCGCUAUGCUCCCAUUGAGUGCAGUCCUCUUCGGCGCAAGAUUGUCAUACAGGCUCAAACGGAGAUGAUAAGCGAAACCAUGGGCCACCUGCUGCCCCCCGACAAUACUUCGCUGUGUGCCCGCUCUACAGAAUUUUUUCACAGCGCAGAUGCUGCGACUAAGGUAGUUCCGGCAUGUCCAAUGCCGAGGAAGCUUCUUGAGAUUGUUGAAGGAAAUGAGAAAGCUGACAUGAAAAUCGUUCUAAAGCAAUGGAAGACAGACGUCGAACGGGAGGAAGUUCUUAUGGAGAACCGGCGUCCGGACUGGAUCUCAAAGCACAUGGAGAUGAACGCAGACCAUCGAGGUCUGUUGAUUGAUUGGAUGGCUGAGGUGUGCGACGAAAAUGCCCUCUCUAGGAGAGCUUAUCAUUUGGCUGUUAACUUUUUGGAUAUGUACAUGAGUAAAAUAGCGGAAAUUCCGCUCAAGAAGCUGCAGCUAGUUGGUGUUGCAAUGCUGAACUGUGCUAGCAAGCUGGAAGAGCAACAAUCACUCGACGUUUGGAAGAUUUGUGAAUUUGAAACUCAAGGAUACCAUCCCGAUGAACAUGUUAAAGUCAUGCAAAAGGCUUGUAAAAGGGUGGUCAAGUACGAAGCCGAUUUUAUGAUUAAAAUGAACUGGAACUUGUGCAUUUCCACCGCACACGACUUUUUGACGCGGUCGUUUCAACUUGCGCGCCUUUGGUCUUUCUACCAUGACAUUCACAAACCCCCGAACCUGCCCGUUGGAGAGCGCGACAUAUUUCAAGCAGCAUUUACAUUGGAUGAAGCCAGCGGAGCCUUUUUCGUCUUGCAAGCUUGCAUGGCAGUCGACACUACCAUCAGAUUUCGCAACAGUAUGCUGGCCGCCGCGGUGUUCUUUCUCACAUAUCCAUUUGAGGACAUUACUCAAGCGGAAGAUUUGACUCAUAUUGUCACUGGGUAUACAAAGGCGCAGCUUGAAGAAUGUCUUGCUUUAGUGGAACAUAUUGCAGAAUGCGCAAGGGACGCCAAAACCCCUCUGCCUGACGAGCAAUGGCACCGUUGCCAAUACGGGCAUCAUCCAGAUUUGGCUCUGCAGACCAGGAAUGAGUUUGAUGUUGGCCGUUUGUUGGAUAAUUUCUAUCGGGGGGACGUUCAGGAUGCCUACACUGGGGACGACGACAAUGAGUUCUAGAUUGUAUAAUACUAUGACUUGUAUGUAUUGACGUUGAACAUAAAUUUCUCGGAGCCCGAGAUGUGCAUUAUCAUUGGGAAAAUAAAUAUUGAACAUCGGCUCUCUUCUGCAAAUAUCAAAA